AUGAAGCAAAGUACAGAAUACCGAUCAGUAAGUAUUACGCGUCUUUUCAUGAAAAUGAUUGGUCUCUGGUAUGUCGAAAAAUCGAAGGAACGUUUACUUUUGCGUUUCGCAUUUUGCUAUGCUAUUUUGGCAAUUGUCUUUGCUAUUCUCGUCGAGAGUGUCGAUUUAUAUCACUGUAUGGGUGAUUUUUAUGCUGUCACGUCUAACUUGUGUACCACAUUGCUGCUAAUAAUGAUAUUAGUAAAACUAGGUAGUUUUAUGUAUUAUCACGACAUGAUAAUGGAAUUGAUACAAUUUGCGGAAAAAAAAUUUUGGAAUAUUAAAUACGAUAAAGUUGGUACUCAAAUUUUGAAGACAUAUGAUAAAAUAGGAAUGAGUAUGAUCUGUACUUUUACAUUCAUCGUUUACUUUGCAACGUUCAAUUAUAUUUUUGCACCUUUCUUCGAGAAUCUAAACAGAAACGGUACGGAGAAGAUUUUGCCAUUCAAAUUAUGGUUUGAAUUUCCAUAUCAUUCGCCAUAUUAUGAAAUCACCUAUAUUAUUCAGUCACUUUCAACAAUACAUUCAGGUGUUUGCACUUGCUGCUUCGACAAUUUUGUAAGCACAUUUAAUAUUCAUGCAGCUGCGCAGUUAAAACUUUUAGCUCAUAAAAUAGAAGUCGUCGUUGAGAAAAGCAUCGAAAGUGUAAUAAACCAAAAGGAUUUGUCAGAAACGGAUGUUACGAUACUGACAUUCAAGACAUUACAAAACUAUGUGCAGCAACAUUUGACGCUUAUAUAUUACGUGCAUAACAUGCAACGAGUAUUUGCCGUGAUAUUACUUGGACAAUUGCUAUUAUCCAGCGCGGUUAUCUGCUUUGGUGGUUUCCAGUUUCUUGCAGUAGACAUACCUAUUAGAAAGUGUAUUUUUGGUUUCCAUUUUGUGGGCGGCCUUAUUCAGCUACUUAUUUAUACAUGGACAUGUAAUGAUAUAAUUGUGCAAAGCACGGCUGUUUCCGAUGCCGCUUAUAAUUCCAAGUGGUAUCUUUUAUCUGGUAAUGGUCCAGGAUUGACAUUGAGAAAAGGAAUAAUUAUAAUCAUGAUCAGAGCACGUCGACCAUGCACAUUAACUGCUGGGUAUUUCACAGUUAUGUCGUUGGAUACUUUUAUGGGAGUAAGUACUACGCAAACAAUGGCGUCUUUUAACUUUAAACCUUCAUCAGGAAAAAAGUCCAUUUACUGCAUGUUUUAA